GCCUUGCUAUCCUUUUUUGUUGAAUUCGUUGGCCGAAUCCAAUUAAUGAGGAUAAUACCCUGAGCAGACAGCCUCUUUAUGGUGUUCAUCAGUAGGUACUUCAUUGAUACAGGCUUCAUUUGGUGUACCCCGUUUGUCUGGCGUAAGCUUGGCCCUAUAUUAUGUUCAAGGGAAGCAAUGAAAUAUCAUGGCUCUUUACUAUUCCAAGUAUCACCAGCGCGACCAUAUUUCUGACCACAAAGACGUCCGGUAUCAACACAUCUGCCCUUCGGGAUGAUAUGCCAAGCUAUUGCUGAACUGCUGGCUGCUGUGAACAAACCUAAUAUCAUUUUAUUUGCUUAAAUAUACUGACGAACUAACUGAUACAUGGGGAUGGCUUCGGAAGGGAGAGAAGGAGACGUAAGGUGGGUGGAUGGCAUAUGCGCGCAUGCUU